GUCAUAGUGUCAUGUGUGAUGUGCAUUUGUGUCGGCAUGUGGAUUUAUUUACAAAAGUUUUCUGCAAUUCUAAAUGACUUAGUAAAACAUUAGACGAAUCUAUUCACGAUGAAGAGUAAACCUGUUAAACACAAGUCUACUAACACUUUCCGGUUUGUACCUUUUGCGGAGAGAAUCAAUGCUAUUGAUAUCCGCCAUGCAGCAUUGUAUCACAUUGAGCAUGCAUACGCACAGCAGCCUGAAGAGAACGAAACUCAUUUCUUUGUGGCCCUACAAAAAUGGCAUGUGCUCAACUUGACUGAGAACUUUAAAAAGUUCCGCAAAGAAGUCUUUGGUAUCAUAACAGUGCCACAACUGGUUCACAAGAAAGAGGAAGUAGUUGAGAUAUUGGAGAGAUAUUUGAAUUUAGAAGACCAGCUGUGCUUACAGCCGUUGCUUGAAAUUCUUGUAUCGGUGGCAAAGGACCUAAGAGAAGAUUUUUACCCAUACUUUCCAAGAUUCCUAGAUGUUCUCAUAAAACUGCUAAAUACCAAGGAUGCUGAAAGACUAGAAUGGACCCUAGUCUGUCUAGCAUUUUUAUUUAAAGUACUAAAACCAUACCUGAAGAAAGAUGUUGCAGUUGUACUAAAGAGGAUCAUUCCAUUACUGAGUGAAUCUCAACCACAGUACAUAAAUAAUUUUGCGGCAGAAAGCUUUGCUUUUGUUGCCAGAGAUAUCAGGGAUAAAAAGAAGUUUGUCAGUCUUAUACUAAAUUAUUUGCAGAGUAAUGAUGAUGCGAUCACAGGUUGUGGCCAUCUCAUAUUUGAAAUACUAAGAGGUGUUACUGGAAAAUUCCAUAGCUGCAUAGAAACUUUCCUGCCCCUCCUUCUUCAGUACCUUAAAGAAAAUAAAGAACACCAGGAAAUACUGUUCAAAGUUCUGACUCAAACCAUAGAAGACAGUUUGCAGAGUAUUUCACACAAAGAGUAUGGUAUUUUUUGGACAAGUGUCAAUAAAUUCACUGAGGAAAUAUUGAAAGAGGAUGAUGAAGAAAGCAAGGCACUAGAAUACAUUCUGAGACUUGCCGGCCAAGUUAUAGAGCACCAGAGAGGCAAAUACUUAACAAACCCUCCGCAAUUUGUCCUCUUAUUAAUAAAAGUAAUCUGUGAGCAGUCUUCAGAGAGUGUUUUAGAAGUCUGUUCACAGAUUGGGGCUGUGUUACUCCUGUCCCCAAAUGUGUCAUUAUCUCAAGAGCAUGCAGGAAUUAUUGUCAAAGUUCUCCUGCCUUUACCAUUCCCUAAUAUACUCAUAAACUUUGUGCAAAAUGUUAUUGAGUACUCACAAUUUGAUAUGCACAUAUUGCCUCCUUUCAUCAAGUUUGUAAUUCAGUCUAAUUUUGAUACUGAAGCUUUGGGGACAUUGACUAAAAUAUGCUUGAAGAAAUCACCACUUUCAAUGAAUGGUAUAAAAUUAUUUGAGUGGGUUAAAUAUCCUUUGGAUUUCGGGAAUAAUCUACCAAAAUUCAUGGAACAUUUUGAGCAAGUUUUGUCAGAGGACAUUGAAAAAUAUGUUGAGGAACCUGUCAAGCUUACGAAUGUUCUAUUCUGCUUGCCCCACAUAGAGAAAGUUGAUGUGGACUAUUGUAUAAAAAAGUUGGGUACCCUGAUAUCAAAACUCCUUGAUAUACUGAAGGGUUACAACCUGGAGAAUCAACCCAAAGAGAAUAAGUUCCAUUGUGACACUACAGCAUUAUCAAAAUGUGCUAGAAAAGUAUUAUUUAUAUUGUCUGUUGCACUUGAAAGUGCCAUCCAUAUUUCGAGUUGUAAGAAACUGAAAGAAAUAUGUGAUAUUGAUGUUUUGCUGCCAGUAAUCCUGCCUUGUGCAGCAGACCCUAAUUAUUUGUGUUCUUUGCACAUCAUUGAUCUUUAUUUAACGGCUUAUGAACAUGAGAAUGGAUUGACAUAUCCAUAUUUGUCACUGGUUGACUCUUAUUUGAAGACAAAUGUAUCUUCGCCUUUUCAUGUGGUACGUCUUCUAACCACCCACAUAUACAAGUUAUUCGAGAAUGUAGAGGAAUUAAACAAAACAGUUGAAGUGGGCGGUACCGUCGAAAAGUUCUCAAUCUUCAGCAGAUGUUACUCAGUCGAGUCCAUAACGCCAUCUAUUCAGGAGUACAGAGCUCAGUUAAACAUGUUGCAAAAAAUGACUUUCAAUACGAGUCAGUAUGCCUUAGCUAAAGACACUGAUUUCCAUCUUUUUGCUCUGAACUACAUGUUAGGUGUUUUAUACGUAAACUUCAAGUUACUCUGGGAACCUGUAACUGAAUUCAUAGCAGGAUAUGGUAAUGCUCUAAAUGUUGACGACUUCUGGCCAACAUUUCAUAACGCCCUUGAAUCUUCGUUCUUAAAUGCUAAGAAGAAUCUUAAGCAGUUUCAGUUUGAUGAUGAAAUAGAUACGAAUGUCGAUAUCCUACAAAAAUUGUACUCUGAUUACAAUAGUAUAUCUGAAAGACCUGAUUUGUAUAACUAUAGAAAUUUAAUUUUGAAAGUGAUGAUGAAUUGUAUUCAAGUUUGUGAGGCAAGGAAUCGUGAUGUCGUAGUAUUGUUCUUGAAUUUCAUCGACGAAGAAUACAGAAGGAAUGAUAACAUGAAUGCUCUAAAAAUUGAUAUGGAGAUAAGAGACAAUAAUAAGAUGGAAGUCGAUGAAGAGAAACCAGAGGAAAAUACAGAUAAUAUAGAGGAUAUAAUUGAAGAAAUUGAUGAUGCGAAAGAAACCGUUUCAGGGAAGAUAGUGUUCAAAACUCUGAUCAACAUAAUGCAGGUUCUAUCUCAGUUUAAGAAUCCAAGAGCUUUACACAAAGAACCAGUGUUCUGGGAACUUUACAUGGAAUUUCUCAAACACAAAAAUCCAGGUCUUCAGAAAUAUGCCUUAGAUUGCGUUCUGAACUACAAAAACAAGAAUGUUACUCAAUACAAGACUAAUUUGUGCAAUUUGGUUGAUGAGAAAAAGUUCAAAGAUGAACUGACUUUGUUCAAAAUUACUGAAGAUGCAAAGAGUAUUCAACCUGAGGAUAGGGAGCAUGUAGUUCCUAUAAUACUAAGGAUACUCUAUGGUAAAAUGACGUCAAAAUUAGCUGCAGAGAAGAAAGGAGGUGGACAGACAAGAAGGUCGCUUAUAAUGCGGUACUUAGCUGGUUGCAAUGAAAACGAAUUAAAAAUGUUCAUUGAAAUGGCAUUCUCGUUCUACAAACAAUAUUUGGAUAUGAAACCUCGUGAAAUAUUUGAAAAAAUAUCCUCCGAUAUAGAUUUGAAGUCUGUGACUAGUCCUGGAAAACUCCACAGUAUUUUGAAUUUGUUUGAAGUUGUUCGUGAAUAUUUUGGAGGGUAUAUGAAUGAUGAGUUACUGUCUCAACUUUUCAACAUAUAUUUUGCCAUAUGCUCUACUGUAGCAGUUGUCUUAACCCAAGGAGAUAAAGUACAUGUAGGUUAUGUGAAAGUGAUGAAAAACCUUCGUACACUCGCGUUAGGUACAACAAGGAAACUGUUUGAACAGUUUACGAAAUAUCCUUGGAAUAAAGACGAGUUGUACGUUAUGUACGAGACCCUGAUAUGGCCAUUGCUGCCUAAAUUACAUAUUGAAGGUAUUCAUAGCCCAACAGCAUUAUUAAGGCUUCUAAACGCUUGGUGUCAGAAUCCUCGAUACUACAUUUUACUCAUCACGAGCUCAGAAAAGGAUGCGGUAAGUCCAUUCCCAGCUAUUUUCAAACUUCUACUUGCUCCUAAAACCACACCUGGUGUUGUUAACAUGAUUCUAGAUAUGAUAGAAAAGUUAAUAACUCUCACUGAAGAUGAAGAAGACAAAGAGAUUCCUAGAAUAGAAUCUUUCAAUGUCUUACCAGUAGAUGCUCCUGAAAAUGUAACCAAUAUCAAUUUUGGUAGUAAAAUUCUAAUACCUCACAUACCCAGUAUAUUAGAAGUUAUGAAAAGGCGAAUGGCUAACUCUGCGAAAUCCAACACGGUAAACAAAAGAGAUUUGCUUAUACUUUCAAGAAUUACAGAGUUGGUUGCGUCACCGGAGCUUUGUGAUGAACUCCUGAAUUUACUAUUACCAAUACUUGUAAAGAAAGUAUGCAUGAAUAUGGCGGAAGAAAAUAUGGAACAUGCCGUGAACACGAUCAUCAAUUUACUUGGACACAGCUCAAAUCCUCAAGUUUAUAUAAAGAAUAUAGCAGUUUUGUUCAACAAAGUUGGUCCUAUAGAUGUUAGAAAAUUAUUACUAAAACUACUUUCCUCAAUUGCUGAAAGUGCUCCUAAUAAUAAAGAUGCACUUACCAGAAUGGCUAACACAAUUGCAGAAAUGAAUGCAUUCAACAAGAGAUGGAUAGAACAGCCUGAUUUUGACAGAAGAAUAGACGCAUACAAACAGAUAUAUCAGUUACUAGAAAAGGAUGAAAUUGAUAUAGAUCUUGCAAUUCUAAUUGUUAACAAUUGCUUCUACUUCAUUCGUACGGAGAAAGAUAUUGGUUUGCGUGAUAGUGCUGGUUUAUGUUUGAAACGGAUUCUACCAAAGCUUUUGAUGAAGUAUAGAUCAACAACUGACGGGCAAUUUUUAGUUAGGGAUACGGUCCUGUCGUUAAUUUCCACUGGUAUAAGAGAUACUAAGAAUGAAAUAUUGAGGAAUGAAUGCAUCAAUUUACUUGGGGAGUUGGCAAGAGAAUGCCCCGAUGCUGACGUAGUAAUCUCUGAUUUAGCUCAUUUCAUUAACAAAGAAGAUAGAGAAGUAGAUUUCUUCGAUAAUAUGUGCCAUCUUCAGAUGCACAGACGAGUGAGGGCACUGUUGAAAUUCUGUAAAGUAGCCAAAAAGAUGACGAAAUGUCCCACUCCUAGGACACUGACAAACUUCAUUUUACCAUUAGCGUCAACGUAUAUUUGUGAUGAUAAGUAUACGGAUAAGAACACUUUAAUAGAUGCUUGUAUUGAAGUCGUUUCAACAUGUUGUAGGUUGCUACCUUGGUACCACUACGAAGUGAUUCUAAAACUUUACCUAAAUAAAAUGAGAAAUUCUUCAGAACAUCAAAAGCAGUUGACUCGUAUUUUGGUAGGAAUUAUUGACGCUUUCCACUUCGAUUUCUCGAAAGUGAAAAAUAUUGAAAUACCAAAAGCUUUAACCGCAAAUGUACAUAAGUUCAAAAUGCCUAAAGUGAGUUCAGAAAAUAAGGAAAAUGUUGAAAAUGCAAAAGAGGUUAAUGAUGAUGUUGAUAAUGAAAAUGAAGCAGAAAAUAAAGAGAAUAUAGAUUUAGAUGAAGAAAGUGAACUAAAGGCGGCAGAUGACGAAGUCGUUGAGGAAGAGGCGAGUAAAGAAGUUAAUAAUGUUCCUGCAUUUGAGAGGAUAACUAACGUAUCGCCUUCAGUAGCUAAAAGAAUUAUAAAAUCUUUGACAGCUGGUUUAUUGCCACAGCUGAAUCGUGCCAUCGGCAAAAUGACGGAACACGAAGAGUCUCACAAGGUGAAUCGUCGUAAGACAGGUUUUGAUCGUCAAGAGGAGGACAUGCUUCGAGUACCGAUAGCUUUGGCCUUGGUCAAGUUAUUGCAGAGGUUGCCUGGUGAUCUGCUCAAGCAUCAGCUUCCUGGAAUUAUCAUCAAAUUGUGCUCAUUCCUAAAGUCGCCUCUGAAACAAGUGAGAAUAACAGCCAGGGAUAUUGUCAAGAAGAUAAUGCUUACAGUCGGAACAUCAUACUUAGGAGUUCUUUUAGAACACUUAACUUUAUUACUGACAAGAGGUUUUCAAGUACAUGUCUUAGUUGCCACAAUACACACAGUUCUCGAUGCUUUAAAAACAGACUUUAAACCUGGAGAUCUGAACGACAAUCUUCAUUAUAUACUCGAUGUUUGCACCAACGAUCUUUUUGGAGCACUAUCUGAAGAGAAAGAAGUUGAUAAACUACACUAUAAGACGCCAGAAGCGAAGCCCAGUAAGAAAAGCUACGUAACACUUAUGAUAGUGUCCCAAAAUAUAACGGAACAGUGCCUUAUCAACCUAAUUUUACCAUUCAAAGAAGUCCUGCAAAAACACCAUUCAAAGAAAAUAGUUUUAAAAGUACAGGAAGCGUUAAUGCAUAUAACAAGUGGUCUAGUCACUAAUAAAUUCAUAGACAUUGAAUCUCUGUUCAUAUUCUUGUAUGGUGUUGCCUCAGAAAGCAUACCAGAAUUUGUAUUAGGUGCUCCAAAGAGAGAAAUAACGGAAAAGCAAAGAGAGCAAAUGCUAAGAGCUAAGCCAGAUUGUUUCAUAAUUCCCGAAACUCCGAAGCGUAAUAAAGAGUCUCAAGCUAAACAUGUUAAAACUUCUGGGAAGGCAAACGCUCACGUUUUAAUUGAAUUCAGUUUGAAUAUUCUUUAUGUUAUUCUGAAAAGAGAGAAAGUGCCUAGAAUGGAUUGCCGAGCCUUCGUGGAUCCUUUAAUACCUUUGUUAGUAGAUGCAUUGAAGAGUGAUCAUGUAAAAGUGACGACGGUUGCUAUGAAGUGUAUAGCAACUUUGUGGACGAUCAGAGUUAGCACGCCGACUUUAGAAGAAAUGGUUCAAGAUAUUGUCAAGACGAUAUUCCUGACUUUACAUAAAUAUGCCACGUUUGAAAUUAGUAAGCAGAAUGACAACUUCCAUUUAGUUCGGACUGCUUUUAAGGCAGUAACAGUUCUAGUCAGAAACGUUAAAUACUAUAAAUUAGAAGCAGAUCAACUGAAGACCCUGCUUUUGUAUGCGGAAGAAGAUUGUCAGAAUGAUGAAAAGCAAUCAAAUUCAUUUUCUCUUCUCAAAGCUAUAUUGGAGGCUAGGCUGGUUUCCAAUGAAUUACAUGAAGUGAUGGAGAAAGUAUCUAAGAUUUGCAUACUGAGCGAGUCUGCAAGAUCUCGAGAGGAAGCUCGUGUAAUAUUCGUGAACUACCUGACUCACUAUUCUCCGGGAAAGAGGUUGGAGAAGUACAUAGAUUUCUUCGUGUCACAGCUCAACUAUGAGUUGCAGCACGGCAGAGAGUCUUCGCUCAAGUUCCUAGAGAUGAUCAUUAAUAAACUUUUGGUGGUACAACUUUCAAAGCACGGUGCCCAUCUCCUACUAUCUCUAGGCGCUUGUAUGUUAAACGACAGCGCGCCAGAAUGUCGUGCGUCAGCAGCCAAUUGCAUCGAAGCUAUGUUAAAGAAAUUCCCUCUGCAGGAGAGGAAUAAACUCUUCGAUCUGGUCAUGACUUUCUUCCAGGAUAAUCAGCCAGUACACUUCGAAUUAGCAGCCCAACUAAGCACUCGUUUCGUCAACGUAGAACAAGACGAAUUCAAGAACCGUCUCAAUACAAUCCUAUCUUUAGUUAGCGGCAAAAUUCUACUACUAAGCAAUGACAUUACUGAGGGAAGAUUCGUCAAAAUAAUACUCGAACAAUCUGACGAGAAGACUGAUGAAGAUAAACAGAAAGAAAAAGACCAUAGCCUAAUACAAAUAUUGAACUUAAUCGAAAAAAUCACGUUCCAUUGCGCGUCAAGUAUGACUAACAAAAAGUAUGUGAACGAUUUCGAUGAUAUAGCCCAGCAUUGUAAAGCAUUACUCGCAUAUCCACAUGCGUGGGUAAGGUUAAAAUCUGCCAAAAUAUUAGGGCAGUUAUUAUCUGUGGUCGAUGCGGAAGGAUUGGAUAGUAUUGUGAAGAAAAAGGUUGAAAGUGAAAGAGGUUUUAUUUAUGAUGAUACGGAAGAGGUACUAAGGAGUUUAGUGUUGGAUCUUUGUGCGCAGUAUACUACUAGUGCUUCCAAGGAAAUGGUUGAACAGGUGACAGCAGUACUCUUCAUAAUCCUGAAACUAGUUCACUCUAUGCCAAGUUUCAAGCUAGACAAGAAGUCACAGAACGAAGGUGAAGAGUCGGAAGGUGGCAGUAGGAUGAACAUUCGCUGGAUAUUGUGGAAGUUGCGCAGAGCUAUCAAUGUGGAGGUCGCUAGAGCGCCCAGUAAUAUGGAUAUUAGAACAUCAAUAUUCACAAUGUGGACGCACGUCAUAAGUUCUUUAGAGAACGAAGACGUAAAUAAAAUAGUGGAUGUAAUCCUCCCGCCGAUUGUUCGAGAACUUUCCACCGGUGACGCGGCGACACCGGCGACUGUCGCCAAGCAAUUAGCGGGUCGACUCGGCAAGAAGUUAAGAAGAAAGAUUGGGGAUAUAGAGUAUAGCAAAUUGGUUGCUGAGGCACAGAUGAAGCUGAAUAUUAAGAGGGCUGAGAGGAAAAAGCUGCUCUUACAAGAGAAAGUCAACAAUCCCGAAAAGGCAGCCAAGAGGAAAUUACAAGUAAAAGAAAAGAAAAAGCAAUUCAAAAAGGUUAAGAUGGAAAUGUUACAAGGCAAGCGACCGAGGCCCAAGAAACGAAAGGCUGAAGAUUUUGAUAUUGAAGACCAACUACUUAAGGACGAUUAAGUAAAUAUAAAAUGAGUUAGUGUUAAAAGUAAUAGGAUUUUUCCUAUUACUAUCAGGAAUUAUGUCUUUAAAGUUUUAAAGUGAUGAAAAGCUUUGUAUAUUUAAUAAGUAAGUCUUGUCUUUUGUUACAUGACAAGAAUAUUUAAACUUGUAAGUUGAAGAAGUUAUUUUCGUGUAUACCUAAAUAAGGCGUUUGUAAAUAUAGUGUAAGUCAUUGUUAAGAAAAUAAACCAUGUUUUUCGUAA